AUAAUUCAGACAUUAUGGGUAGAAGACUCUUCUAUUUGCACAAGAGGGAAGCAAUUUUAGAACCAGGACUGAAAUUAAAACGUCACUGCCAGCGGCAAAUCACACUUUCCCUUAUUUCAGUUUCAAUUUGUGUUCCAUGCUCGGUGCUGCGACAGUCGCGAGACUCUAGAUGAAAACCCAUUAGUUCGCAUACAAUUUAGUUUAUAGCGGAACGGCAGCGCAUUAAAAAAAACCGACGCACGCGUCCGAAACUAAACAUGUCUCGAAUUGUGCUAUGUAGUUUAGGAGGUAGUGGCGGGAGCAACAGCAAUAAUUCUGCAUCCACCAACGCGACCACAGCCACGACAAACUCGUCCGCAACCAUGAGCCAUGCCGCUUCCUCCGCCGCCACCGCCGCCCCCGCUAACAAUUCCUCCGCUAACGCUGCCUCCGCCGUCGCCGCCCCCGUCGCUAAUAACGUCAGCGCCGCGAACAAUAACGCGAACGCUAACGACACCAACAACAACAAUAACGACGACGAGGAUUACCCCGUACCCACCAUCUAUCGCUGUCGCGCUCCGAUCGCCAGCCUCGACUGCAUGGACGACUUCCAGACGGGCGCCGAGCACUCGGCAUCCACCCUGCAGCAGGCCGCCUCCGGGGGCAACGCCAAGGCCCUCGAGCCGCUGGCGCUGAGCCCCGCCGGCGGGCCUCUCGGCGCCCUGAGCGGCGGCAGUGGUGGUGCCCUCGUCAGCAGACAGUCUUCCCUGACACCGGGCCUCAGGUACCGCAACCUCGGCAAGAGCGGCCUUAGAGUCUCCAACGUUGGCCUUGGCACAUGGGUAACAUUUGGUAGCCAGCUGAGCGAGGAACAGGCCGAGGACGUGGUAACUCUAGCUUACGAGUCGGGAAUAAACCUUUUCGACCUGAGCGAGGCGUAUUCAGGCACCAGGGCGGAGAUCGAACUCGGACGCAUCCUGCAGAGAAAGGGAUGGAAGCGGAGCUCCUUUAUAGUCACAACCAAAAUUUAUUGGAAUAGCAAAUCUGACGAAAGAGGCCUUUCAAGAAAACACAUUAUCGAGUCGGUGAAGGCGUCGCUCGGGCGUCUGCAGCUAGAGUACAUCGACGUUGUGAUAAUCCACAAAGCGGAUGCCAUGUGCCCCAUGGAGGAGGUGGUACGGGCGAUGAACCACGUGAUCAGCCAGGGUUGGGUCAUGUAUUGGGGCACGGCGCGGUGGACGCCGGUUGAGGUGAUGGAAGCGUACACAAACUGCCGGCAGUUCAACUGCGUCACACCCAUCCUCGAGCAGACCGAGUUCCACAUGUUCUGCCGGGACAAGACGGAGCUGUACAUGCCUGAGCUGUACAACAAGAUCGGCGUCGGUAUGAUGGCCUGGUCGCCCAUUUCGAUUGGACUGAUCAGCGGCAAGUUCGAGGACGGCGGCAUGUCGCUCUUCGCCAGAGCCUCCUUUAAGAAUAAAUACUCCACAUUCAGCUGGUCCGAGGACGAGACAACGCAAGCACCUGGCAAGGAGGGCUACACCUGGAUCAAAGACCGAUUGCAGCCCGAGGAAGGUGGGCGGCGGCAGCAGGACAAAUUGCGUGACGUCAGUCAACUCGCCGAAAGACUGGGCUGUACAGUGACUCAGCUAGUGAUCGCGUGGUGCCUCAAAAACGACAGCGUCCAGUGCCUCCUGUUAGGGGCGGCUUCAGUAGAGCAGCUUUACGAAAAUAUCCAAAGUCUUCAGUUGGUGCCUAAGCUGAACACAAACAUCAUGGGCGAGCUGGAGCGCAUCCUGGAGAACAAGCCCGUGCGUCCGCCGAUGAUAUCAACGCUGGCACUAAGAUGACAGUCAAUGUGCCCUCCCGGGGGGGCGCUGUCUUCCUCAGACCCCGGGGCGCUCAAGCAGGGCGACGACGACGUGGUCAGCAUCGUCGCCGACGAGACCAAGGACAAGAACGUGGCCUUCUGCAGCCUGCAGUGACGGCGCUCGUCGCUGCAAGGGCAGCAGCAGCAGCAGCAGCGCGCCACCCCCAACCCCCAGCAGCCCCCGACAGCCGGAGCCGGCGCCGCGGGGCCGCAGAUGUUGCGCUCACGGUCCAGCACCUCGUCCAGGGGCAUGUCGCGCAGCAGCAGCGCCACCAGCAGCCUCAGCGGCUUCGCCACCUACCGGCCGUCGCCGUCGCUCAGGACGCCGCACUGAGCAUCAACUCCCCUCGGCGCCCUCCCCUCUACCACCUCCGGAAAGCAGGCAAGGCAGGCUCUCGUCGGACGAUUUUUGCCAAUUUGCCAGUGCUGGAUGACGAAAGACAUUUUUUGCUGAUUCACGACUGCUCUGAUAAUAUGAAUUAGUCGCUCGUACACCGUAAUAUACAUAUAUGAAUUGUUACAAGUCGCGAACGUGCUUUCACACGUUCCCUCUAUAUAAACGGAUAAUAUACCGCGUUUACCACUCGUUGUUGAGUUGUUGUUGCAACACUUUUGUUGACCUGGCGUGUCUAUAGCAACUGAGCGAGGUCACGAGGAAGAGACGAUUGUUAUGUAGUUUGUUGACAGAUCAGGCUUUCCCGCCGUUCUCUUCCUCGAGUUUGGUGUUUUCGCGCUAGAUUUUUUUUUCUUGCGUAAGGAAUAGGUCGUAGGCAAAAGUUCCUGAUAGUGCGAGCCCUUAAUUAAUGCCAAAUCAUUAAAAGAGAAAUAAACUCACUCUCUGUCUCUUUCUCUCUAUCUCUCUUUCUCUCUCUCUCUCUCUCUCUCUCUCUCUCUCUCUCUCUUUCUCUCACACACACACAAACACAAAACACACAGAAGAUGCAUACAUACAGAAGUAAACGCCUUUAUUAACAGCAAUUUUUGAAACAAAAUUAAAUUUAAGGUACAAUCACGCGCAAAUCUCAGCAUCUUGUAAGGAUUUAGACUUCUGUCCGGAAGAUAGCGCGUUUAAAAUUACACAAUGUAUCGCAGCAUAUAAGUUUUACUACUCGUAAGUUGAGAGUAGUAAACAAGACACACUCACCCACGAUUAAGCAGAGCAGAGGAGGCGUUGACGACGAUGCAUAGGAUUUAUGCUUUAAUGAAGUAAUCAUUAGGGAGCCAGAAGGAAAUUACACUCACACCUCUUAAAUAAUAGAGAGCGUACGCGAGGAGCAACAAGAGAACUAAAAACUAUAACACACGUAUAUUUAAACUAGAGUCAGGACGCAGACGUACCAAUUAAUCUUGGAGCAGGCGAGAGGGCAGAAAACCGAGAGCAAAUAAUUAGCCAGCAGCAAUUACAGCCAUUCUAGAUUCCGUCGAACAUGUAAAACAACAUAAUUUCAUUGUAUGCUUUCCAGCGCGCGCACAGCACGAAGUAAAAAGUAUUUGCCAUCCAGAACAAAUUUUUCGACAAAUCCAACAUAUCACGCAAACAUGAUCUUUUUGCGUAGAACACGAAUUUACACACUUUCCUUCUUCUUGGAGCACGUUCUUCGUUAGAAAAUCCACGUAUUCCUUUCAGCAAAUUUUGGUGUAAUAUUAUAUAGAGUUCGUGUGUUCUUCUGAAGCUUUCCGAUCAUUUCGCUCGAUCAGAAUUGUUAAAUAUUCUUUCUCUGAAUGUGUCAUUUUCACAUAUCACACAAUUCGAAUACCGUUUGCACGCUCUGGAUGUGAAUACCGAUCCGUCUUUAAACCGAAUGGUAAAAAACUAUACUUCUCUUGCUGGCGACAGGAAAUUUGUCCACACGUGUACAUUUUUAUCGAUAUCUAUAAUAGAAGAGUCUUUUUACACACACGCAUAAUGAUAUAUUGCCGCUUCUUAUCGUUGGAUUCCAUUCCACUUUACUGUUCAUUGUCGCGCACAGAACAUUCGAGAUCAAACACAAAGUAUAUGAAUUUGCUCAUUAAGCAGUAGUCAAAUCAAAUACCAGCCAGAGAAGCUUUUUCUCGCGUCGGUUAAUUUCAAUAUAUUCACGAGCUUGGCUUGCCGUAGGAGGAGACUUGUGUUUGCAAUUCCGUUUUUGGGGAGAAUCAAAUAUCAGUAGAGUGUAUUUCAUCACAAAUUUUAAUACAAUGAACGACACAAUUGAGGAAAAGAUUUUUGAGUGCCUUUUGCCCGCGAUUUGUAUCUGUCUCUCUUGGUAGGUCUGUAGACGCUUGUCCCCGCGCUGAAUUUCUACUUGGUUUCGCAUAAAAUCAAUCAAUCAACCAGUCGCACUGCUAACCUUUCGGCGAAAAUAUGAACAAUUAAAAGAGUCGAAUUGAUGGGCUCUUGCGUUGUAAAUAAUAUGACAAUACUUCUUCUACCACUUUCUUCUCAGUCCAUCUUCUCUCUAUAUUCUCGAACUAAAUAAACGUUAACAUUUACACAGCACGCAGAAAUGGGGGUGCGGAAGUAAUUAAUUAAUUAAAUAAUAAUCUCUGAUCAAAAUAUAUUAAACAAAACGGAGAAAGCGGAUUUAGGCGCGCGUUUAUAAGCAUAAAAGAAAAGUCGUAGCGAUGUAGAGAGAGAAGCGACGACGAAGAAUGAAAAUAAUCAGACAAAAUGUGGUGAUAACGUCCUAUUUUUAUCGACCGGUAAGCGCUAUAGUAACAAGUAUUUGAUGAUUUUGCUAGGCAAAUGAGAAAAAAUAACGAACUGGAGCCGAAAUCGAUUGACGCGAUUUUUCGGUUGAACUUGAUUGACAGGCAGUGAGACUUGUGUAACUCUACUCACUCCCUCACACACAUUUAAAACUGAUAUGUACAUAUACGCAAGAAGCAGUUUAUGUAUAGGUCGUGUGUCGGGUCGUAACCAAAAAAUUGUAAUUUACGCUUCUACUCUUGGUGUGUUUUUAUACACAUAAAAAGCUGUUAAUAUAUAUAUUAUACGAUCAACUUUUUAAACUGUGAAAAAACAACUCACUACAAGAGCAAAGGUAAAAACUGUAAAUAUUCCUCUAUAAAAAGUAGGAAAGGAAGAUGAAAAGUCCAUGACAUUCUAAUGUAAAAGCUAUAUAUUCUAUCUUUUAAAGUUUCUUGUCAGGUUAUAUAAAAAGACACGCGAAAUCGUUGAGUUCUGCCAAAAAUUAGGUAGCUUCCAUAAGUUCAAUCCACAAACUAUAUUAGUCUCUCUGGAGUUUGUUAUUGAAAAACUAAUUUUCCGAGCUAAAAAGUGAGAUUCGCGGUGGGGCGGAUCACGAGGUCCAUUUACACAUUGCUUGUUAAUUGAGACGACACAAAAGAGAGAACUAACUCGAUUUUCGGAGAUCAAUCUUCUAUACUUAACGUUUUCAAGGCGUUUAUAGUGAAAAGGAAUUUUCCUACUUAACUCGUCGGGUACGCAAAUUCCUUGGCCUUUUAAUAAUUUGUAAUGUAAGCCUGGAAAAAUCAGAUAAUUAGCAAAAGAGCAACUGCCUUGGCUAUAGGCGCCAUGUUGAUUGAAAAGUGAAAAUUUAUAACUGCGUAAGACACAUAUGGAAAUUUAAGACUAAAGUAAAUAAAAUCGAAACCUUCUUUGAA